GCUAAGCAUUUCCGGCGGAAGUGGUAAUAUUCUUCCGUGUCGCGGCAAUUUUGAAUUUCAGAGCUGCGGGGCAGCUUGUUGCUAUUAUUCUUGGUCGUUCUCUCACUUACAUGCAUGAUAUUGUAAUAACAUGGCAGCCGAGUGUCGGAGUUUAAUGGAGAGGAUCUGUGCAAGGGGCGGCUGGAGCGGAAAGGCGGCGGACGGGCAGCAAGCUAAAAAGUUUCUUAGUAACUCCCAUGUACGAGAUGUGAUGAGCCCAGACCUUGAUGGUGCUGAUAGUCCAUUGCUGCGGCCCUGUGCUGAGAAAUUGGACCUCUCAAGCUCGGACACAGAAAGUGAUGGCAAACAGGAAGAAGCUUCAAAGUUUGAGCUGAAGAAGAAUAAAGAAACAAAUCGUAACAACAAAACUGGAAACUUUAAUACUAUCCAAGAGAAGCCAAGAUCUGCUGUGGUGAUAUCAGAUUCCAGUGAUGAAGACUUUGAAAAUUUUUUAAUAGCACUGAAAACACCCAAACAUGUGGAAAAAAAGGGCAAAAGCAACAGCAGUAUUAAAGCUUUUAUUGUCGAUUCAGAUGAAGAUGAGUUUGAUUCUGUUUUUUCAAAAAACAAAACUGGAUCAAGAAGCCGGAAUGGGCUAGCAAAUUCUACUGUGGAUAAAGUGCCCCCUGCUGCAGACAGAGACUUGGUGUCUCCCCAAACCUUUGUGUCUCCAGUGUUUAUAAGUGACAGUGAUGAUGAUGAUUCCAUUGUUAUAAAAAGCACAUGGCAUACCAGGAACAAAGAAAAAAAAGAUGCAAAGUUGGGUAAUGGGAGUAAAUUAAAGACUGGGCGCAAUGAGAAGCCGUCACAUGAUUCAAAUAUCAAAGGGAUGCAAAGAAGAGAGCAAGAAGUCUCACGGGACCCUCAUUUCUAUACCUCAGAAAGCUCUGAUGAGGAAUUUGAAAGCCUUUUAGAGAGAAUUAAAAAUCGAACUAAGGACCAGACGCCGUCUUCAACUGCAAUUAAAUCCAGUCGGCCACAGACUUCUGUAACAGAGCCAAUUAAAGUUCCUUGCCUUGAUUUAACGAACAGAAAGGAGAAUGGCUUGGGGCGAAAACCAAAAUCACUAAGCAAAGUGCCCCCCAGUCCACAUAUCUCUUCUGACAGAAUUCUAAAAGAAGUCCCCGAUUCCUGUGAAAGACCCCGUUCAGACAGUGUGAAACUCCCAUGUAAAGUGCCAGAUUGUUUUCUACAAGAUCUUUCUUAUCCUAAGUCUCUCUAUGUGAAGAAUUUCAAGCAGAAAAAAGAGGAGCUGACAAGUAGGCUAUACAGCCUUUAUAAUCGGACUGUUUUUGAUCAGAAGCUUCCAGAAAAUAUGGAAAUCACAUGGAAUAAAAAGAUGCGAAAAACAGCUGGUUACUGUGUAACGGGGCAAAAGCGCCUUCCUAUGCUGCAGCGGUACGCAAGGAUUGAGCUGUCUGAGAAAGUGUGUGAUUCUGCAGAUCGGCUAAGAGAUACAUUAAUCCACGAGAUCUGCCAUGCAGCAACUUGGCUGAUAAACGGAGUAAGAGAUGGCCAUGGUCAGUUCUGGAGGUUUUAUGCCAAAAAAGCCACAGUUGUCCACCCGGAGCUGCCAAUGGUCACACGAUGCCACACAUAUGAGAUAAAUUACAAGUACACAUAUGAGUGCUCGCGAUGCAAGAACACAAUUGGCCGCCACUCCAAGUCUCUGGACACAGAAAAGUUUGUUUGUGCCCUCUGUAAAGGAAAACUGGUUUUGUUAUCAUCAACUCGAAAAGAUGGAUCUCCAGCUGGUGGCCAGCUUACGCCGUUUGCAAAAUACGUCAAGGAAAAUUAUGGCUCUACAAAGAAAGUGAUGACUGGAAUGAGCCACGCGGAAGUCAUGCGAAAACUCAGUGCUGAUUUUUCAUCAAAGACUAAAAUUAGUAGUUGACCCAAAAAGCAUCAUUUUACCCCAAAAUGUGACCUGCAACACUAAUAUGUAGCAUUCAUCAUUAUCCAUCUGUAAUGAACUGUGAAUGGAGAACGCUAUUUAGUGGACUUCUAAAGACCAUUGGACAGUUGUUCUGGGGUGUAUGUUUACAGAAACAAUUUUUACGCCCAGAUCCUGGUUCCUCAUAUGGGGAAAUGGUGGAAAUGGUAGUUUAGUGUGGGGAGGUUCCCCUGCAGUUAUUUUACCUUUGUACAAUAUUUUGGGCCUAAAUGUAUGAUGGCGCAACAAACGCAGGGAAAUCUGACAGUAUCAAAUUGCCCUGUCAUCCCAAUUAUUUCUAUCUUGUCUACACCUUGUGGAGGGGUGCCAGCCCCCCUCACCGAGCGCCAGGCUGUGCCAGGCAAAAUAAAAGCAUUUGGAAGUUAAAGAAUCCCUUAGGUAAGUUGGACACUGAAUGGGAAGUACCUCACUAAAGCAACUUAAUGAUGCACCGUACUGUAAUUGGCACUUGCCAUUUGUUUGAUGUCUAUGUCUGUUCUCUGGCAGCUUUAAAGUUAUUUCUUUUUUUGUGAUGUUUGUCGUCAAAAUAAAGAGUAUUAAUUGUUUUCAAUAUA